AUUUCAGCAGAGCAAUCAUGGUUUCAUGAUAUUCUGCUCCUCAGAGCGAGAAAUAGGCUUCAGUAAAAUAACAAGAAACUCCAAAUAUGUUCCUCAUUCUUGCAUUUCUCUGAAAAGUGUGGUAGAUUCUGACAUAUCUCUGUUGCCAAAUAAAGUCCAGUGUGCAAACACGUGUUUUUACGCCACUGCUUCGUCGACGUUCGUCACUACUUGUGGCUCCGUUGUGCAAAAUAGCCUGGAACGUUUUAGGCUGUGCUGUUGCGGGGACAAUUUAGUGUUCAUGAAUCAUCACUUUGUGGGCACCACCAAAAAUAUAGUUGAGCUUACAACAGAGGAAAACAACAGGAAAAGGAAAUAACACGACCAAAAGAGGAGAGAAGAUAAGACUAAUGGACCUACAAACACACUUUUCUCUCCUGAACAUGAAUCAGCUGCUGGUGCUGCUGCUGCUGAGCUCAGGGCUGCAAGGUGGUGAAAUCUACAGCUACACAGGAUCUCAGUGUGAAAUGGCCAAAGCUGACAUUGUGAUGCUAGUGGAUGGCUCUGGGAGCAUUAGCCAGGAUGACUUUGGAAGGAUGAAAUCAUUUUUAUCUGAGAUGGUUCAAAACUUCCCCAUCAGUCCCAACAAAGUCCAAAUAGGUUUGACUCAGUUCAGUAGCAGCCCUAAAGCUGAGUGGCACCUGAACAGCCACAACAACAAACAGUCCCUGCUGCAGGCCAUUGACCAGAUACGACAAGUAGGUGGAGGCACAGGAACAGGACAAGCUCUGGAUUACAUCCGUAACCACAGCUUUAAACCCGGGGUGGGAAUGCGUCCAGACUCAAAAAAAAUUGUUGUUCUGAUCACUGAUGGAGAAGCUCAGGACAAAGUAGGAAUCCCAGCAAAGAAUCUGAAAGACACUGGGGUUGAGGUCUUUGUUAUUGGUGUGGGCGAUGCUUUUAGCAAGUCAAGGACCCUUGAUGAACUGAGGACCAUCGCUUCUGAAGACAUCAAAAGUCAUCUUUACCAUGUUUCGACUUUCCAAUCCCUCCAUGAUGCUGCCUCCAAUAUCUCUACCAGCAUCUGUCAUGCCGCUACUGAGCUGAAACAACUUCCUAGUUACGAUCCAACAGUUUUUAUCAUCAGACUGGUGGUCCUGCUGCUGACUCUGCUGAUCUUCAGCUCGCUGAUUUUCUACACCCAUAAGACCACCAGGGGGAAGCAGAGAGCCCAACAGAAUGACACGGAGCUGGAUUAUUACAAUCUCGGUGUUGGAGGUGUUCCGGAAGCGUCACCAUGAUGCUUUGAAGUGGUGGUGAAGGCAAUUAACAGAAAAAUAUUGACCUCGAUUAUAAAUCAAUCAGAAUAACUGUAACCAGCUAACUGCUAAUUUAUCUUGUGUGAAUUAAAUGCAGUCUAUUGAUUAUUGUUUUUAUAUUUUGGGCUUAAUGCCAUUGUAUAAUCUUUUAUAAUCCCUACAAUGUCGCUAUGAAAGUUGUUACAGUUUUGUGAAUGUUUGUGCGAUGAAAUUCAGCCAUUUGACUCCAUCUACCUCUGAGAUUUCCUUGAAUUUCCCAAGUUAGAGUCACACUGCUGAACUGAUUUCCAGUCUGUUACUGGUCCACUUGAUGGAAAAGUUUAAAUUUAGCAAUCAAGGGACAACUUUCUUAUGAUUACAAAGCUCAUUUCACUGCAAUGUUGCAGCUUAAAUGUAAAUAUAAACCAAGAAACCAGAUAACCAAACUUAGUGAUGGGUAGAUGUCGUGUAUCGUUUCGACCCAUAGCAAAGCUGUGUCGAUUCUGUCUCGAUACUGUGUCACUGAAUACUGACACCUGCUGGACAUUAAAAAUUCCGACAGGCAACGUAGUGAUUUGAUGACCUAGUCCAUACAAUAAGACUAUGGACUAGGUUCAUAAUAC